AUGUACAAGAAUUACGUCGUUGAGAUUGAGACAGACCGUGAUCAACACAAGACAGAAGCAACACAGCUUCACAGCGAUCUCGAAACGGCGAAACAGGACUAUGACAGGGACAUGCAAGAGUUGAAGGUCAAGCACGAGCAGGAACGGAGGGAGAUGCAACAACGCAUCGACGAGGCCGCGAACACGCAGAAGACCGAGAGACAGGCGAUGCAAAAGCGCAUCGAUGAUGCUGCUGCCACGCACAAGACUGAGAUAGAGACGAUGCAAGGCCGCAUUGAUGAGACCACGAACACGCAUCAGGCCGAGAAACAGGCGAUGCAAAAACGCAUUGAUGAGUCUGAGAGCAAGGUUGAGCAAAUGCGGCAAAGAGUCAACCAGACUACGGCCACGCACGAAAGCACAGCGAAAGAUUUACAGAAGCGUAUGGAUGAGGCUGCUGCCAUACACAAGAAGAAGGUGGACGCGAUGCAGCAACGCAUCGAAAAUGCCAAUGUAACCCAUCGUGAAGAGCUGGGUGAGAUGCAACAACGUAUGGAUGCAGCAAAAGCCGCCCACAACGUCGAGAAGGAAAGCUUGCAGGGCAAUAUCGAAAGCACUAAAACCAAGUACAAGAACCAGUUGGAGGGGAUGAAACAGAAGAUCAGAGACCCCAACACUACACAUGAGAACAAGGUGGCGGAGAUGCAGACGCAGAUCGACGCGUGCAACACCACACGCGAUGAGGAUGCGGAGGCGCAUGAGCAGGAACUCAAACGCAUACGGAAAGAGAUGGAGGAGAUGGUAAACACACAUUGGGCCGCCAUAGAGACCGAAAAGUCAUUGCACUACCAGGACAAGCAGUAA